CAAAACAGCUUUCGUUUUUUCAAACUAGUUGGAAUCAUUCAAUAUGGCGGCAAUGAAGAUGUUUGGCCACGUCGCUUUAGUUGUUCUUUUGGCUCUGUCGUCAAUAUUAUGUGAAGAGGGAAGACAUUCUAGAUUUGAAUAUAAGCAUAGUUUUAAGGGACCUCAUUUAGUUAAUAAACAAGGAAACGUUCCAUUCUGGACACACUACGGAAGUGCCAUUCCAAGUGAUGAACAAGUGAGAAUCACACCAUCUCUUAAAGACCAAAGAGGUUCAUUAUGGUCAAAAGUCAAAAGCACAAAUGAAUUCUGGGAGGUAGAAGUAUUCUUUCGAAUAUCUGGCCGAGGACGUGUUGGAGGAGAUGGUCUUGCUGUUUGGUUUACUGAAGAAAUGGGAAAACCUGGUCCUGUUUUUGGAAGCUCUGAUAAUUGGAAAGGCAUGGGUUUAUUUUUUGAUUCAUUUGAUAAUGAUGGAGAGCAAAACAACCCAUAUGUGAUGGUAAUGUUAAAUGAUGGAACAAAACAAUAUGACCACUUCAAAGAUGGCAACAAUCAACAGUUAGGUGGCUGCAUGAGAGAUUUCCGAAAUCGACCACAUCCAAUACGCGCAAAAAUUAGAUAUUACAAUAAUAUCCUUACAGUUUUCUAUCAUGGUGGCAUGUCUGAACGAGAUGAAGAUUAUGAGCUUUGCAUGAGAGCGGAAAAUGUCCACUUACCAAAGGAAGGUUUUUUCGGUGUGUCUGCAGCAACUGGCGGUUUGGCAGAUGAUCAUGAUGUAAUAAAGUUUUUAACGCACAGUCUGACACCGCCUAUUUCUGACGAGCAAAAACAAAAAGUCAUUUCUGAAGAGCAGCGAAAGAAGUAUGAAAGCCAGUACGGAGAAUAUCAACAGAAAUUAGAAACGCAAAGGGAAGAAUUCCAAAAGGAACAUCCAGAGAAGAAACCAGUAGAGGAAAAGUACGAGUCCGUCUACGAUCGUGAUGUGCGUUUAAUUUACGAAGGACAAAACGCUGUUCAUCAAAUCGUGCGCGACUUACACUCGAAGACAGGAGAGCUCACACACGAAGUGAACAACCUUCACACAGCUGUCAACUCCAAACGCAGUGCUGGUGACGUAGGCGGCGAAGGUGUCUCCAAACAAGAAAUCAACACGUUUAUUAGUAUGCUCAAUCAAGUAAAAACUGGCGUUGAAAAUUUAAGGUCUCAAGAUGGCGGUGGAUCAGAUACUAGACGAUUGGAUCAAAUAGAACAAAAUCUUCGGACAGUGUUAGAAAAUGUUGGACACUUGCUUUCGAAGGGUCAAGAUGGCGGCAAGAAAUCUUCGUGUCCAACCUUAAACUGCCUUACGCCUGGUUAUUUCAUCUUUUUUAUGAUAGCUCAAGUUUGUCUGAUGGUCGGUUAUACGAUGUACCAAAAUCAUUUAUCUCAAUCAGCGAAAAAGUUUUAUUAACUUUUAUACUUAGUAAAUAUUUCAAUUUUGUAAACAAAUUUUCGACGUCUCGUAGCGUGUGAGGUAGGGUUUUUAAAAAUAAUCCUGGAUUACAUUUUUUCCAUAUAUGUUUAGGUAGCAUCAAAAAAGGGCCAAAAGUUUUAAAAUAAAAAAGUAUUGCCAAGGUCCCGACAGAAUCAGGGAAGAUUUUAAAAGGAAAUUCCCUACAUUCCACAAGACUUUCGUAGUCAAUACUUUGUCUAAACAAAUAAUCUUAAAGUUUUUAGUGUGCGAGGUGAACUUUCUGAAGGUGAGAAUCUAAGUAGAGGAGAGGGGUAUUUCAAGAAUUAUGUAAGUUAGCAAUCACACCCUUAUUGUUAUUGGAUGUACAAUUCUAUUUGAUUCAUUCUGUGUUUUACGGAGUUUAUAUAUUGAAAAAGAAAUAUACAAUUUGAAUUUAA